GAUCGAGAGGAGAUUGUUAUCUCUGAACUUUGACUGGUGUAGUAAGGAAACGGAGCAGAAAACAAAAGAAUCGUAUUGUGUGUGUCAGGCCUCACCACAGGGUUUUAAGACAUAUCUCUUUUUAAGACAACAAUCAAGGGCAGAAUUAUUGUUCUCAAAGACGUAUGAUGGCUGCGAUGUUGGUCACUGUGACUCUCCUCCUGUGUGUAUUGGGAGGACAAGCACUGGACCUGCUGAGAGCUACAUCAGGGGUUCCUCCCCCCGUUCCACGAGUGCAUUGCUGGUGCUCGAGCUUUCCAAAUGUGACUCUUUGCUCCUGGCCUGAACCGUCCCACUACCCACCGACACAUUACGUUGCCACCUACAGUGAGAGACACGGGCAGCCAAUCACUGAGAAAUGUCUCAUCAUCCCACCCUCUCAUAAUUCUUCAUCAUCAUCAUCAUCAUCAUCAUCAUCAUCAUCAUCAUCAUCAUCCUCCUCAUCAUCAUCAUCUCAACAGUGGCACUGCCAGCUGCCCAACCUGAAGCUUCUCACCGACUACAUCAUAAACAUCACGGCUGUUCAUUCUGGUGGAAGCAGCUCCUACCUCUCAAGUUUCAUGUUGGAGGACAUUGUGAAACCAGAUCCUCCCGUAGACGUCCGGGUAUCCUCUCAAAACACCAGAAGCCUGAUGGUGCAGUGGUCUCCUCCGCCCACCUGGACCAACCUGCACAUCUUCCCCCUCAAAUACCAGAUAAUGUACCAGUGGAAGAACAGGGGCAUCGCAUCGUCUGUCAAUUUGGGUCCGUUUGAGAGCGCCCAGGUGGAGCUGAAGGGGCUGAGCCCGGGGAGGGAGUACCUGUUCCAGGUGUGCGCCAAGGAGCUGCUGGAUCUCGGCAAGUGCAGCAACUGGAGUUCACCUGUAAAUAUCACCUUACAGAGGACGAAGCCUUAGACUCUCACACCCGGUUUUAUUUAUCUCCGUCCUUCUAAGCUACCAGCGAUCAUUGUUGUUUUGAGUGGACAUACAUUGCAGGCAAAGGUCGUUGAUAUUUAACAUUUAUUUAUAAAGAAAUGGAAUGUUUGUUAUUGCUGUAAUUUUUGUUGUAACACUGUUGGUUUUAUUGUCAAGGC